GUCUGCCCCAGCCCCGUAAUCACCCGCGCCCCAACUGGUCCCCCCGGUACCUGCUCCCACGCCAGCACACAGUCACUCUCCUUAGCAGUGCUCACAUCCCACUGUCAGGCCGUAACCCCAUGCUGCAGGAGGUGCUGGGCAUCCGCCCACACAUCCUGGUGCUGAACAAGAUGGACCUGGCAGAUCCCCACCAGCAGCCGACAGUCUUGGAGCAGCUGAAGCAGCAGGGAUGUUCGCACGUUGUCUUCACUGACUGCCAGCACGAUGGCAACGUCAAGAAGAUUGUUCCCCUGGUUGCCACGCUGGUGGGUAACAGCCCACGCUACCACAGGGCCGAGAGCGCCGAGUACAACAUCCUGGUGAUCGGCGUGCCCAACGUGGGCAAGUCAUCGCUCAUCAACUCCUUGCGGAGGUUGCAUCUCAAAAAGGGGAAAGCCACCGCGGUUGGUGGUGAGCCAGGCAUCACCAAGGCAGUGCUGACCAGGAUCCAGGUCAGUGAGGAGCCCCUGAUGUACCUGGUGGACACACCUGGCGUGCUGCCCCCGAGGCUGGGGGAUGUGGAGGCGGGCAUGAAGCUGGCGCUGUGUGGGGCCAUCCGUGACCACCUGGUGGGGGAGGACAUCAUGGCUGACUACCUCCUGUAUGCCCUGAACAAGCGGCAGCAGUUCAGGUAUGUGCAGCGCUACGGGCUGGCCAAGGCCUGCGACGACAUCGAGCCCGUGCUGAGGCGCGUGGCCCUCACCCUGGGCAGGACACAGAAGGUGAAGGUGCUGACGGGCACAGGGAAUGUCAACGUGACGAUGCUCAACUACCCAGCCGCUGCCUACGAGUUCCUGCGGGAUUUCCGUGCAGGACGCCUGGGCAGGGUGACGCUGGACUGA